GUUGCAUCGAUAAGUUUGUUCAAAAACGCAAUCUUGGCAUCCUUUUCUGUGACAUUAUCCGAAAUUAACUCUUCUUCAGAGUACAAACCUUUUAAAAAUCCCGUUCCAUUUAUUACAGAAUGAACGACGUCAUGCAAAAAUCUAAACGGUGGUUUCUUUAACAAUUUCUCUGUUAAUUGUGGUUUUUUUAUAUGUUUUCCUAAAGUUUUUUGGGUCUUCUUUAUAACUUCUGGGCUAAUUUCGUCAGUCAUUUUAAGUUUUGUACUUAAAAAUAAAUCAGUUUUUUUAUUUCACAUCAUUCAAAAUAUUUAACCUCAUUGUUAUUUGUUGACAUGUACAGUUUUUGUUGCUACGGCAACGACAUAGAACCACAUUUUCAUAGAAGUUUUUUUUAUUUCCUUGCUGUCAUUUUAUUUUUUAUUUUUCCAUAUUUUUAAUUUAUUUACGAUGAGGUUUACUUAAGACAUGAGAAUAAUUUAUUUUAAUGUGAAAAAGAAAUUAAAAACCUGUAAAUAUAAACCCAUAUCCACGCCCAUAUCAGAUUAGAAAAAAAAUCUUAUUUGUUAGUUCUGUGAUUCAGACAUUCAAAAGUCAAAUUUACCGGUCAUGCGCAUUUAUAACUGACGCACCUAGGAAGGUAGCCCGCCUCCAUCUUGAGUGUUCUUGUGAUACGACGGUUGUCGACUUUUCAGGGGCGCGUAAGUAAAUCAUCUAUCCCUUGCAUAUAAUUUGUGUUGCCUGUUUUUAGAAAGUUUUAAAACAAAUCGUCAAUAUUUUGAGAUUAAUAUAAUUUCAAAUUAUAUAGUUUAUAUGUCGUGGUCAAACGUUUAAAUAGGGCAGUGACUUGGACUUUGAUAGCCACACGGAAGGCUUGUAUAAUUCAGAAUUGUAGACUUUCUCCUUUUAAGAUUAUAAUUGUCAACAGGAACAUCUUUAUGUAAAUUAAAGAACAUGGAGGAGCCAUCUAUAUCUGGUCCUAAAAUAAAACAUGAAAUUGACGUAAAAACAGAAAAUAUCACUGAUUCUCAAGAUUCCAUAGGUGAAGAUAAUCAACGACUACAUAUUGUAGACCUUGAUACAGCUCCUAUUGAUAAUGGAGAAGUUGAAACUGUAGUUCUUCAAAAUAUUCAGCUAACUGGAGAAGAGGGUAGUAACCAUUUGGAGAUUAUUGGAAAAAUUAUUUCACACAACAGUAAUUCUGACGGGAAUCUUGAAAUUAAUACUUUGGAAGAAGACAAUAAUGUUAUACGUACCUAUAUCAUUAACAAUGCAGAGUACGAAGAAGUAGAUUCAGAAACUGUAGUUUAUGAAGAAGUAACAGAAGAUGGUGAAAAUUCUAUUGAAUAUGUAAUUGAAGAAGGUGUUGAAUAUGAAGGGGAAUCUAAUGACAAUAUUCAAUUCAGCCAACUAGAAAUAGCUGAAGAAUAUGAAUAUGCAAGCGAAGAAAGGAUAGAUGAAGAAGCAACUGAACAAGGUUCAAUAGAUGACGAGUCUAUGAUAGAAGAAAGAUUAGAUGAAGAGGUGGUUGAUGAUCCUGCAUAUGUUGAAGAAGAAUGGCAGGAGGAGAACAAUGAACAAAGUAAUGAUGCCAUGGUGAUAGAUCAAGAUCAUGAUGCAAGCAUUGAUGAAAUUAAAGAGGAGACACUGGAAUGCGAUCUUUGUGAAAAAGUAUUCAGAACUACUGCAGGUUUAAAAAGACAUAUAACAGUAAAUCAUGAGAGAAAAUAUGAUGGUGAAGCAGAUGAUGUACUUACUUUGCAGUUGUGUCCUUGUUGUGGAGAACCAUGGGAUUCUGCUCAUACAAUUGGAGAAUAUAAAUGUGAUUUUUGCGAUAAACUCUUCAUGCAAGUUAACUUCCUGCAACGUCACUUGAGUAUCGAACAUCCCAAAGGAGAUAAAUUUGUCUGCGUCGAAUGUCGAAAAGCAUUUGAAACAAAAACGGGGCUUAUUGACCAUAUGAAGGUUCACCCUAUUAAAAAUGUUAAAUGCUUGGAUUGCAACAGGGAGUUUACUAGAAAAUACCAUCUGGAUCGUCACAUAGGACAGACUGGAUGCAUGGGACAACCAAGGAAAGUGUUUGAUUGUAGGGUAUGUAAGCGAUGUUUUACAAGAAAAGACAAUCUAGCAGAGCAUUUGAGGAAUCAUGCUGGUCAAAUUAAAAAGAAGAAAAAAUACGCUUGCGAGUUCUGCCAAAAAGAAUUCCAAGGCUAUACUUUAAUGAAUAUUCACGUCAGAACUCAUACAGGUGAUAAGCCUUAUCAAUGUGAUUUAUGUCCUAAACGAUUUCCUUCUACUGGCGCAAUGAAGAAACACCGAAGAAUGCACACUGGGGAAAAACCGUAUCGUUGUGAACAGUGCGACAGAACUUUUGCCGCAAAAGAAACCCUCAACCGCCAUUACCGUAUUCACACUGGCGAGAAACCGCACCAAUGCAAAUUCUGUGGUAAAGCCUUCAUUCAACCGUCACAGCUACGCGCUCACAUCUUUCACCACACCGGCGAAAAUGCCUUUACUUGUCAGUAUUGCGGACGAGCAUUCAAUCGAAAACUUCGGCUUACCAAUCACAUCAAGUUUAUGCACGAAGGAGCGGACCCUCUACCGUGUCCUAAGUGUAAUAAAACUUUCUUCAGGAAGGAGGACGUUGCUAGACACAUGUUGUCCCACACUGGUGAAAGACCUUAUAUUUGCGAAAUAUGCCACAAAUCAUUUGCGGUGAGGUCGUCCCUUAAAAUGCACAUGAACAUCCAUCGCAAGGAACCGCCGUGCAGCUGCGAAACUUGCGGUCGGGCCUUCAUACGCCGCGAUUGUCUGAUGAGACACAUUAGAGCCAGACAUCGAGACGUUCUAGAAGAUAUUCUGGCUAACGCCGAGAAGAAACGUCUCCAGCAACAAUUGUUGACUGCCGCUACCGAAUCUGCCAACGAAAAUUUAACCGAGAAUAUUAUUUGGAACGAACUGACAUUAACCGAGUCCAUUAAGGAACUACUUACGCUUCUGGUCGAUGAAGAGUGUCUUUUGGAGUUUGGAUAUCCAGAUGCGCCAGUUGAUAAGGUACUGGAUAGCGUAAUCAAGAGAUGUGGACACAAACCGGCUUCCGAAGAUGACUUUGACUACAUUGGAAGAAUAAGAGAAAACGCAAAGCUUUUGUUCACUGUCGUAAUUGAUGAUGAAGCUGUAAAAGAAUUGUUAAACAACCAGACUGUUGAUGAAGUCAUACUUCACGUUUUGAGGUUAGCAAAGAAGCAGAAAGGUACGAGUUGAAACUAAAGUUUAAUAGUUUAGAUUACUUGUGUAGUAAAAUGUUUUGCUAAUUAUAUUUAUGAGAAUUAAGUUCUUUUUUAGUAUUGGAGAAGGUGUAUAUGCCUG